AACUGCGGAGAUUGGUAUAUACUUGCAUCCGUUCCUUUGCAUAUGUGUGUGUUGUUAUAAUUUGCUAACUGGGGUAGAAUUUGUCGCAAAGUAUCCCCUCCUCAGUGACCGUGCAUUCGCACCGGAGGUUGCAUAUAUUUCUCUGCACGAUUACAACAACGAAAUAGCGUGCACGCAUCUUGCACAAUGCGGACCAACAGCAGCGUACGUGACCUGCCAGCCUUGCAUUGCAAUUGCGUGCAACUAGAAAGAUACCGGGUUUUAAGUGCAAGCAUGUUUUUAUUUUGUCUUUUUAUGCUGCAAAGCAGAGGCUAUUAGCGAGUCAAGAGGUCGGGUUGGAGAAAGUUUGCUCAAUAUUUUGCCUUGUGCAACAAAAAAAAAAAAUUUCCGUCGCAUCUCUGCUUGCGACGCCGCAAAAUCUCGUCUCUUCGGACGCAGCGAAAGUGCGCCGGCCCUCCGGAGUGCAAAAUGCAACUUAAAAGAGUCGCCAUCUUAAGCUCCGGUGUUGCAAGGUGAGGGGUUCUGCGUUAAGACAAAACAAUUAUAAAGCGCUAGAGUUGCGUACAAUCGGCGCCCGGCUGCUCGGAAUGGCGCAAGAGGAAGCCUUCCGUCGCCGCAAGCUGAACUUCAACGAGGAGGAGACAGAAAUCCUCAUCCGUGAAGUGACACUGAACCAGGGGCAGCUCUUUGGCAGAGGAGACAUCAAGAUCCCACCAGGGGCCAAAAAUACAAUCUGGCAUUCAAUUCUGGCCAAGGUCAAUGCCGUGUCUAAGUGCACCAGGGAUAUAGGUGACAUUAAGAAGAGGUGGUACGACAUGUGCCACCGAACCAAGGAUAAAGUGAUCAGACUGGCACGAGAGGCCAUGCAGAGUGAGAGUGUGGGCGAACCCCUGCAGCAGGAGCCCAGUGUGGCCAGCUACGAUGAUGCCGGCUGGCUGAGUACCAGCAAUGAUAGUGAGCCCAGCACCAGUGGUGCCAGCUGGGAUGGCAGCACCAGCCGAGCCGGCAACAGGCCAGCCGCGGGCAACCGGCGGAGGAAGCCCGGGCCGCCCGGCAAGGAGACUUGGCAAGCCAAGCGAGUGCAAGUGCAGCCGUUGCCAGACCAAGUGGUGCAGUGGCCACCGGUCCUGCUCUUCACAGUGGGCCAGAAUGCUUCAGAGGAGAGCAAACUGGAGUCUCAAGGGUAUCAAGCCAAUGUAGACUUUCAUGAGACGAUUGUUGAAGUUAAACGGGAAGACCUUGGUUCAGACAUUGAUGUGGAUUAUUCUUCACCCGAACAUGGAUCUCCGCCCAUCUCGCGAGAAGAAAGUCCGCUCUUGCUGCAAAGAAAGAGGUCACAUAAGCAGAUUUCCGAAGAAGAGUUGUUAGGUAUCCAGGAACAACACAAUAUAUUACUGGGGAUUGGCAAUGAUGAGUUGCAUGGUAUCAGGCAGGAACUAAGAGAGCUGCGAGGUGAUAUUCAAGCCUUGGCCACGACGAUAAGGCAGCCCCUGAAUCGUCUAGCAGAGUGUUUGCAGACUCUGCUUCCACUGUUGCAGCAUCCUCCCGCAUCUCAAACGUCAGAGACGACUGACUCUUUCACACAGCACGACGACAAAGACACCUCUGAAUCGAACGAGUUAAAAUCUCACGGCCGUAGGACUGGGCGAAAAAGGGCAAAGCUGAAUGUGUAACAAAAACAGGACAGGCUGGAAACACAUGGCAGUUCAGACAACAAUUGUGGAAAGGGGAUUCGUGUUUUGGCUUUGGGACCCAUUCAUUGGAACUGGGAAAACGAGAAGAACAAUUUCUUUUCUAAUGGAAGCUUCUCUUUCAGGAAUACCAAUCUCAACGAUUGUGUUCAGUUCUGGGCACCAUGUUACAGGAAAGAUGUUGUCAAGUUGGAAAGGUUACAGAGAAGAUUUACAAGGAUG